UGGUAGUGAAGCAGCACCUGAGAGGAAAACAGAAGAGGUGGGUGGCAGCAUCCGUCAGACAUCUUUCUCUACCAAGAAGAUGGCUGGCCUCUGCUGGAUGGUUGCAGUGCUCGCCUUCUUCCUCUCUACUGAAAACACUCUGGCUGAUGUCGACCAGAACAGGCUUGCAGAAAUUGUAGAUGGCAUCUUGAAAAAGUACCAGACAGACGGCAAGUUGAGUCUGGCUGUAAGGAUCCCAGAUGACCAGAACCAGAAUAUCGACGAUAUCCUUGAAACUGUCUCUAAAAGUGAUCCAGUUGGUGCAGUGAAGGAAAAGCUCAACAAGAAUGAGGUGUACAUCGGCAGGAGGUUGGUUGCAGCCAGACUUCUUGGUGGGAGUGAAGGAGGAGAUCAAGCAGAGUCACGUGUUGUGGACCACCUGGACGACUUGUUUAACCAUAGUAAUAAGCAGGAUGCUGAAUUUUUGCUUCUCUAUGCUUAUGCCUCCCCAUGUGUUGAAAAAUGUACAAGUGGCAGUCAUAGAGAGAACAUCCUCAAAAGGAUGAAUCACAUUCUGCAAUGGAGCAAUUACGCUGUGGUGUUUUCUAAAAUAUCCAAACCCAGUGAUGGUAGGCUCAAUACUGAGGAAGAGCUGAGUGGAGCCCUUGAGCGACUCGGGACCUACAAUGGUACCCGAGGUGCAAUUGGUCUAAGCAACAUAUUCCGUUGUGAUAAACAAGAUGGUAGGAUGAAUUGCACUAGUUGCUCUAGCGAUGAUCAAGUUGCACACUCUUGUGUUUCAGACGAAACAAUGUCGGGUCCCAGCCCUAGCCAGCCCCCCACGCCAUCCACAGGCAGUCAAGGUGGUGUUGAUAAUGGUAGUGAAAAAGAAGAUGAGGGGGCACCUUCUUCACAAGGGAGUCUUGAUAAUGGUAGUGAAAAAGAAGAUGAGGGGGCACCUUCUUCACAAGGGAGUCUUGAUAAUGGUAAUGAUAAUAACGUAAUUCCAAACGGAGGUGUGCCACCCUCAGAAGGUGGUCCUGAGAAUGAUAUUGAAAAGGGGGAAAUUCCAAAUGGAGGUGCGCCACCAUCACAAGGAGGAAAAUGCAGAGGAAUGAGAAGGCGUAAAGGAUGUAAUGGCAGAGGAAUGAGAAGACGCAGGAGGCAAAGAGGCAGAGGACUGAGAAGACAUAGGGGGGGAAAAGGCAGAGGAAUGGGAAGACGUCGGGGGGGAACUGCAGAGGAAUGAGAAGGCGUAAAGGAUGUAAUGGCAGAGGACUGAGAAGGCGUAGGAGGCAAAGAGGCAGAGGACUGAGAAGACGUAGGGGGGGAAAAGGCAGAGGAAUGGGAAGACGUAAGAGGCAAAGAGGCAGAGGACUGAGAAGACGUAAGGGGCGAAAAGGCAGAGGAAUGGGAAGACGUAGGGGGGGAAAAGGCAGAGGAAUGAGAAGACGUAGGAGGGGAAAAGGCAGAGGAAUGAGAAGACGUAAGGGGCGAAAAGGCAGAGGAAUGAGAAGACGUAGGAGGCAAAGAGGCAGAGGACUGAGAAGACGUAGGGGGGGAAAAGGCAGAGGAAUGGGAAGACGUAGGAGGCAAAGAGGCAGAGGACUGAGAAGACGUAAGGGGCGAAAAGGCAGAGGAAUGGGAAGACGUAGGAGGCAAAGAGGCAGAGGACUGAGAAGACGUAAGGGGCGAAAAGGCAGAGGAAUGAGAAGACGUAAGGGGCGAAAAGGCAGAGGAAUGAGAAGACGUAGGGGGGGAAAAGGCAGAGGAA